CCAGGGCGGCCGAGGCGUGCAGCUGAGGGCGCGGCGGCUGGGCUGUGCCGGCGGCUGGCAGCUGGGCUGGGCUGGGCUCGCAGCCAUGACGUGAGCUGCGGAGCAUGGCCCUCACCACCGGCGUACCGCAGGUGAACGCCAAGCGCGCCACGUACCGUCAGCGGCGGAUGGGCCCUGCGCCCUUCGCCUCGCUGGAGGACCUCAGCGACGACCAGGACAGCCCGCCGCCCAGCGGGGGCGGAGGAGGCGCCAGCGGGGGCGGCAGUGGGGGCGGCAAGCUGCCGGGCAUCCGCGAGGAUCCGCAGCCGUCGUCGUCGCUGCACACGCCGUCCACGCCGCGCAUCGACAUCUCGCGCGCCAGCUCCAGCUCACACCACGACUCCAACAACAGCUCGCCGGAGAGGGAGCUCUUCGCAGGAGGACGACCUCCGCCAUUCUGUGAGGUGCCGUGCAAGCUGGGCCUGGGCUUCAAGGAGGACGCGGCGGACCUGCGCUCCAGCACGGAGGAGCUGGACCUGGGCGACGACGACCCGGUGGGCUGCGAGGAGCGGCCGCGCAGCCGGCGCGGCUCCGCGCGCUCCGCCCGCGCCCUCGGCAUCAAGCAGGAGGCGGGCGGCCGGCCGCGCGGGGGCUCGCUCUCCAAGUACGAGCUGGACGCCGCCGCCGCAGCCUCCGCGCACGAGCGCAAGGACUCCCUCUCCAUCGUCAGCACCGGCAGGACGUCGCGGCUCUCCUCCGUAGGUUCGGCGGCGUCGGGGGCGUCCAGCGCGGCGUCGCACCUGUCGGUGGCGUCGUCGGGGGGCGGCCGGUCGCCGUCGCCGCACAAGAUGCUGCUCGAGACGUCCUUCUGCGGCUCCAAGCCGCUGCUGGCGCAGCCCAGCAUCGAGCUGGACGAGCUGCCUCCCAGCUCCAAGGAGGCCAUCGCACAGGACGGCCCGCCGCUGCUGCUGCCCAACGUCAGCCCGGUGGUCAGCCCCGCGGAGCGCGAGCUGCUCGCCGCCAAGGAGCGCGCGCUCGCCGAGGAGGUGCGCCGCACUCACCCUGCCCUCUCCACACUCUGCCCUUCUUAUUCCUGUUCCGUGGUGCGCGAGCUGGAGAGCCGGCGGGCCGAGAAGCCGGCGGCGCCCGCGUCGCUCAGCCUGCCGGUGUCGCCGCCGCCCACGGGCGCCGCCCCCUCGCGCACGCCGUCGGCGUCGCCCAAGCCGUCGCGCCGCCCCCAGCGCGGCGCCCUGCGCGACGCCGACUCGCGCACGCCGUCGCCCGGCUCCGUGUCGCGCAAGAGCUCGUUCGCCUCGCUCUUCCGCAGGGGCGGCGGGGGCGGCAGCAGCGGGGGCGGCGAGACCACGCCCUCCACCGUCGUCAGCCCGGAGUCGCCCACCGGCUCCACCGGUGUCCGCCGCAACAAGUCCGGAAGCAGCUUCUCCACCAUCCUGGGCGACGGCUUCCGCGAGAGGUCUCGGUCGCGGAGCAAGAGCCGCGAGCGCCAGCAGCCGGCGCAGCAGCAGGAGGGCAAGCCGCGCUCCAAGGGCGUCUUCUCGGCGCUCUUCAAGAAGAAGGAUCGCAAGAAGGCCGGCCACGCCGAGCAGCCGUCUCCGGGAGACCUGCCGUCGCCGGAGUCCAGGGUGCCGCAGCAGGCGGCGGAGCCGCUGGCGACAGUCGAGUUCAAGUUCGACUCGGAGGCGGAGGCGCCGGCGCCAUCUGCCGCCGCCAGCCAGCCUCCAGCGGCCGCCGUGGUGCACAGGCCGGAGCGGCGGGGCAGCGGGGGCGGCGGGGGCGGCGCGGGGGCGGAGGAGGCGCAGGCGCACCGGCGGGCCGCCUCCAACAAGCGGCGCGCCAUGCACGAGGCGCAGCUGCUGCCGGCGGAGUGCCAGGGGCUCGCAGACGUCAUCGCGGGCUCCGGGCUGGACAGGGAAAGUGCUAAAAAAGGGACACAGAUCGCUCAUGCAUCAGCGAAUAUUAUCAUUUUAUUCCCGCCCCCGCCACCCCCGCACAAGAAGUCCCAGCAGCAGCAGGCAGAGGAGAGGGAGAGGGAUGCGGGGGCGGAGCGGCCGCCGGCGGAGCCGCCGCGCCAGCAGCGGACGCCGUUCCGGUCGGAGCGCGAGCAGGAGGAGCGGCUGAGCGAGCUGCGCAAGCUGAAGCCGCGCCGCCCGCCGGAGGAGGGGCAGCCGCAGCCGCAGCAGCAGCAGCAGCAGGCCAGGCCCCCGCUGGACGCGCCGCCCGCAGACCUGCCGGAGCCCGCCGGCGCCGCCGAGAGGCGGGACCGCCAGCCCGACACCGCGCAGGUGCGACCGGCGGAGAGUGUGGCAGUGGUGGAGCUGCAGCCGAAGCCGCAGCCAGAGUGUGCCCCGGAGGCUGGACCUGAGGCGGUGAAGCCGCCGUCGCUGGACGUGGAGGCAGGCGGUGGGCAAGAACAGCUGGGCGGCUGCAGCGUGGCGCACCAGGCGCUCUCCGAGGAGGCCUCCCCGGCCGGCAGCGCCGUCCUCCCAGCACAGACUGGCCGUGACAUGAGAGGUGGGCGGCGGGCUGCGCAGGCGCCGGCCAGCACGGAGGAGGAGCGCCUGUCGUCCGACUCGGAGGCGGAGUUCGCGCGCGUCGCGGCCGCCGUGCUGGGGGCGGAGCCCGCGCCGCUGCUGGCCGCCGCGGGGGCGGAGGAGGCGGAGGAGGCGGACGGCGACGCCGAGCGCCAGGGGCUCGUGCUGCAGGACUCGUUCGAGGGCGAGCUGCCCUACGUGCCCACCACGCUGCCCCAGGAGCGGUCUGUGGCGGUGCCGAUCCUGCCGGUGCGGCAGCGGUCCGCGGCCGAGGUGCGCACCUGCCCCAUCGAGCGGCCGCGCUCCACCACGCCCAUCAACCCGGCGCUGCUGGACGAAUACGUGCAGCACGAGGCGCCCGCGCCGCCCCCGCCGCCCGCCGAGAAGAUGCGCAUCCAGCUGCCGCGGCCGCUCGCCGCCCAGGCCAGGGCGCGCAGCCCCCGCAGUAUCACUAGGUCGUGGUUCGAGUUCGCGGAGCAGGGCGCCGGCCUGCAGAGCCCGCGCGAGGGCCGCAAGCCGUCGCUGUCCGCGUCGUCGCCGUCGCCGCCGCCGCCGCCGCUGCCGCCGCGCGCCAACCCGCCGCCCCCGCCGCCGCCGCCCCCGCAGCCCGCCGCCCCCGCAGCGCGCCAGUGGAUCAACUUCGAGGAGAUCCCCGAGAAGCGCAAGCCGCCGCGCCGCAUCCAGACGCUGCCCGCGUCCACGGCGGGGCCGCCCGUCGUCUACAGCUAUGUCGAUCCAGAAGAGUGUGAGUGUGAGUGCCAUGAGACUUCUGGUGGCAAGGGUCGGUCCCACUCUGCAGCCUCAACCUCAAAAAAGAAGAAGGAAAAGGACAAGGACAAGGAGAAGGAAAGAGACAAAGAGAAGGAUAGAGAGAAAAUAAAAAGUGAUGAAAGAACGAGAAGUAGAAGCCGCAGUCGAAGCCACAGCAGGAGCCAAGAAGUGGUAGCUGGAGAUGGAAAGACUGCAAAUGUGAACAAGGAGCAGAGGCAGACGGCCCCCACAUCAUCUCCAACAGCUGAAGCUCACCACCACCAUCAUCACCAGCAGCAGCAGCAGCAGCAGCCAUCUGCUUCCUCCACCGGGGACCGACUGGAGGUUACAGAUGUUGCUGACAGGAACUCCUACCUCAGUGACUCUUCUUAUGAAUUUCCCAAUUCAUAUUCGAUAGAUACUAGUGAUUAUUCGGAUGGUCUGAAGCCAAUGAAGCCAUUUGGUAUGGACCUGGAUGUGACCAGUAACAGGAGUAGCAUUAUUUCUCAGCAGGAUGAGACGCAGUCUCCUGAGGUGGGCUCUCCAAAUGGGAAUGAGACAAAACAUCGCCAGUAGUCACCCUCGAUUAGAAGAUGUGAGAGUGAGUGUUGUAGAAGAAAUUUAGAUACCAUCUGAACAUUAUUCUGCUGUUCUGCUCAAAGUUUGGUAUAUUAUUAAUGGCACUGCCAGUGUCCAUUUUCUGCAACAGCAUUUUUUUUAGUGUUGUGUUUAAUGAUGAUGUACAGUAAAGGCUCUACACAUAUGGAAUACACACCAUUGUUUUAGCGGAGUAUUUCACUUUACAGUUUAUUUUCUCAUUUUUUGGAAUCUUUUGAUGCUGUAAUAGUUUUUACCUUAGUCAUAUUGUCUGUAAGUUUUCAGCUGUUAUGCAGGUAUAUCUAUAUUUGUUUCUAAGUUCUGAUUUUAGAAAACACAGUGAGAAGAGAGUGCUGUGUGAUCUGUACAUUAUGAGCAUCUCCAAUGCUGGAGUCUAAUAAGAAUAUGACCCGUAAUGUUCCUAAUGAAUUCCUACAUUUGAUGUUACUCAAACUCAGUACUUGUCCUAUGCUUAAUAAAAGAAACAUACCCCUCUGUUAUACAGCUGUUAUCAAGUAAAUCAAUUGCAGUGUGAAACUCUGUAGUUCACUUUCAGAGAAAUGUGUAAUAUAACACUUCUCUGUGCACCACUACUAUCAUGAAGUUUGACUGCCUUAUAAUCUAAAACUUCUAGUAGUCAUUUCCUAGAGGAACAUUAUGACGCUUUACUUUUGUAGAAAGAACUGCACAUUAUCUGCUUAUGGUGGGAGGAGGAGGAGUGUGGAAGGGGGAGAGGAAGAGAGAGAGA